AUGAGAAGGACACAGGUUUUGAGGUUUCUCCAGAUGAGGUGGAGCCCUCUUUGGUUGGGAUAGAUGACCAGAUGGACGCUAUUCCCAUAUCCUCCAGCAGUGACUCUCUCAGCACGUCUGAUGAACUUGAUGCUCGGGCCACUUUGCCCACACCCAGCGACAUCCUGGUGUCCUACUCAACCUUUCCAGGCUAUGUCUCCUGGAGGGACACGCAGGCCGGAUCCUGGUAUGUGAAGAAUCUUGAUCGUGUGCUUGAGGAGAAUGCUGCCACAGAUGAUCUGGGGACCAUGCUGCUGAUGGUACGUCUUUGUCUUGUAAAGCUUCUUAAAACAACUGAUAGAUACAAUAAAUAUGUCCUUAAAAAUGGAAAAAAUAAACCAAAUCGAACCAAAUUCCAUAAUAAUGCUACCAAUUAGGGUAGAGCAGUAUGAUGGUACAUACUGUAGCAUAUCAAGCAGUAGAUAUUCUGCGAUCUUAUAGAUUCUGCUAGCUU